AUGACAUCUGAACAUACAUAUUAUUGUGAAAAUUGCCGUAGAAAGUACAACAGAAAUAAAGGAUUCUUGAUAUGUCCGUUUUGUGGUUCUGAAUUUGUAGUUGAACAACCAUUUGUUAUGUUUAAGAAAAUACCAAUCCCUGAGAAUGAGAUGAUAAGAAGAUCAUACAACCAAUCAUUUGAGAAUUACCCACAACCUAAUUUGAUUGAUUUUCCACAACCUUCAUCGGGAAGAAUUCCUUUUCAUCCAGGCCCUGGGAAUUUUUCAGGUGAUUUAUAUCUCCCACAACCACGAAUAAGAAACCCUAUUCAAAUCUAUCCAAGAAAUCCAUACACAGGAAGUUCUCAUGAGCCAUACCUUGGUAUUUAUGAUCGUGGUAAUUUUGGUACUAUAAAUGAUGCCUCAUAUAAUCUCCCAACACAACCACUACGAUCAAUGCCAUCUUCUUCAUUGCAAAUUAUUCCAAAAGAGCAAUGUAUCUUUUGUGAAAAAGAAUUAGAAAAAGAAGAAGAUAUUAUCACAUUAUCUUGUGGGCAUCAGUGCCAUAGCCAUUGUGUAAAAUCUUCUCAUUGUCCAAUCUGUACUAGUCUUUACAACUAA